AUGACGACCAGAAUAGUGCUCCUUUGCGCUUCUCUAGCCUUGACUGCGCAUCAAUCUACUAGCUUCGUCCCAUUCUCCACGACAGUACGACUAUCGUCAACAGCUGUGAACGCUGGAUUUGGAAAAACAACAUCUGGAUCUGGAAAAAAGGCACAGAAGAAAAAGUCGAAGUCAAAACGACUUUCGAAUGUCCUCCAAGAUGCGCCAAAAGAGAACGCAUCGAGUAAUAAACCGUUUGUAAAGUCUGAGCAAGACGAUUUGAUUGCUUCGCUUGCUGCAAAGGCAUCAACCACUAGCAUUGGAAGAGCAGUUACUUCUGCACCAGUUCCUCCUGAUGGAAUUGACCCCUUCUGGGAACUGAUGCCAUCACUUGUCAGUUCCCGAUUCCCCAAUGUCGCCGAUAAACAAUUGGAACGAGUAGCAGGUAUGGUUCGUCACACAUUGGAUCCAAGUCUGCCGCUGGAGGAUUCCAUCGUAAAUGAUCCGUAUCGUCCACACGAUGAGAUCCACGCCUAUAUGCCGGGACUUGGAGAGACACAGCCUUUCCUAGAUCCAUCGCAGUUGGCGUUGUGCCAAAAGCUCUCUGAAAAUUACGAUAUCAUAUGCGAAGAGUAUGAGAAUCUUCUUCGCGAUGAAAAGGAUAGGUUUCAAUCUGUUACCAGCAUGAACUAUGAGAGCGGGUGGAAAACAAUGGUAUUGUUCUACAACGGCCAUCGUAUUCCUGACUUUCCAUAUGAUCUAUGCCCGACAACUACCAAGAUACUAGAAACUGUCCCCGUUGCUGGCAGAAUUGCAGGCUUCAACCGGCAACAACCCAAUUCUGGAAUCCCUCUUCAUAGCGACGGAAACAAUAUGUGGCUUACGUGCCAAAUGGGGAUCAGGGUUCCAGAUGGUGAAAAGGCAUGGAUUCGGGUUGGUCCUGAAACAAAGCAUUGGAAAGAUGGCGAAUGUUUACUGUACGAUACAACCUACGAGCACGAAACGAUGAAUGAGCAUGAAACCAUGGAGAGAGUCGUGUUACAUGUGGACUUUUUCAACACCCUCAAGCUGACUCCAAUCGAAAUUGAAGUGAUGCAGUACAUCUAUUCUCUCCGAGAGGAAUUUUUCAAAGCUGAAGGCGUUGCAAAAGUUGGAAAUCAAAUACUCUAG